UCAUUUUAAAAUGCACUGCAGACUCUUCCUCUGAACCAGAUCACUGCAAGAAACCUGGAGGAUCCGUCUUUACCACAUACAAGUCCUCCAUCAUGGUGAAAGAUACACUGAAUGAACUGUCCCAGCUGAAACAGUCAGGCUUCGGUCAGCCGUGGCCACCGAGACAUGGCCUGAAUCUGUUGUACUGGUUUGCUCAUGAAUACAUAGGCUUUAUUAACUAUGGUGAAAUUGUCCUGAGGUUCAAGCCUAAGAAGGGAGACUUUGGCUUUCACAAGUACCACAACAGAAUUGAUGAAGAGGAUCCCAUUGUGCCCAUUGUGCCCCAGGAGAAUCUCCUAUACUAUGAAGUGGGCAACCUGAAUUUUCCAGGAGCAGACGACCUCCCAGAUUAUGUCAGGGCAAAUUACAGGCGCAAUAAUCCUAUUCCUGACAGUAACAAAGAUCGGGUUAUUGUGCGUCUGGACGUCAAUGGCAGCUUGAACAGGGUGUAUGUGACUGAACACAGCGACCCGAAAUCAUUCGACAGCAGCAAAACCUUCCGUGUGAGUCAGGGCCUCCUCCAGAUCAUCAAGAACAUGAGUCGAGAUCAGUAUCUCUCCCAGCUCUCCAGCACUCCUGAAAAACAGGUCGGAUUUAGGCAUACACCUGGAGAACAGGCCGGAUUUAGGCAUACACCUGGAGAACAGGUCGGAUUUAGGCAUACACCACAGAGUCAUUAUAACCCGCCGCCUAACAACGACUCCUGGUGUACCAUUCUUUAAAUAGGCUAUAAAGAGUAAUUAAACUACUCUUAUUUUAUUCGUGAUUAUUAUAUACACAUUUGUAUAAUCUUUUACCUUGAACUGAUUAAGAUAUUUAUUGGUGUGUGAUGUGGGGGAAAUCGUGUCUUUAUGAAUCUUUCAAGUGUGUGAAUCGAAUAAGUGAAUCGAGUGAGUGAAUCGGAUCAAGUACCCGCCCAAGUCACGUGACUUCUUUGUUUUGAAAUGUUAGUGGUGUGAGGAUGGGAUGGUAUUAUUAAAUGUAUUAAACGUGUGAUUGUAAAACAAUCUCGAGUCAUUUUUAUAAUCUAACUUUAUCAAAGUUGAUUGGAAUGCAUUUACAUGAGUGAAACCAGCAGAUGUCGUCGGCGUGCGGAGUUUCGAGAGCUCGAAGAUUCAUUUAGCGAAGCAAUUGGUUCAGUUGAAUCGAAGUUUC